GAGAAAAAAAAAAAUAAGGAAACCAAACCUUACAUCGUCUCGCAGCCGAGCCCAACCUUGGUCCCUUCUACUUCAUCCUUUCUUAACCACCAUUCAACUCCAUACAGGUUGCACUUUGCGUCCCGAGCAUGGCAACCGACAAGAUGGACGUUGAGGCUGCCGAGAAGCAGCUCAAGGACAUGGCUCACUCCGAGCAGCAUUAUUUCAACAGUUACAACCACCAUGGAAUUCAUGAGGAGAUGUUGAAAGAUGAAGUCCGUACGAAGUCCUACAUGAACGCAAUCGUGCAGAACAAGCACCUUUUCAAGGACAAGGUUGUCUUAGAUGUCGGUUGCGGAACAGCUAUUCUCUCCAUGUUUGCUGUCAAAGCUGGAGCCAAGCAUGUCAUCGGUGUCGACAUGUCUACCAUCAUCUUCAAGGCCAAGGAGAUCGUCAAGGUCAAUGGCAUGGAAGACAAGAUCACGCUGAUCCAGGGCAAGAUGGAGGAGAUCGAGUUGCCUUUCCCUAAGGUCGACAUCAUCAUCUCAGAGUGGAUGGGCUACUUCCUACUGUACGAGAGUAUGCUCGACACGGUGCUUUAUGCCCGUGACAAGUUCCUCACCAAGGAUGGAUUGAUCUUCCCCGACAAGGCUACUAUCUUUGUCUGUGGUAUCGAGGAUGGUGAAUACAAGGACGAGAAGAUUGGAUUUUGGGAUAACGUCUACGGUUUUGAUUACAGUCCUCUGAAGGAGACAGCGUUAGCUGAGCCUCUCGUUGAUACCGUCGAAGUUAAGGCUGCCGUAACGGACCCGACUUCAGUUUUGACCCUCGACUUGUACACCUGCACAACCGCUGAUCUCGCAUUCUCAAUUCCCUUCAAGUUAAGUGCUCGACGCGAUGACUUCAUCCAUGCCCUUGUUGCAUGGUUCGACAUCGACUUCACGGCUUGCCACAAGCCAAUCCGAUUCUCAACUGGCCCCCACACCAAGUAUACUCACUGGAAACAGACAGUCUUCUACUUGAACCAAGUUCUUACGGUUCAACAAGGAGAGGAGGUUUCCUGCAACUUGGAUGUCAAGCCUAACGACAAGAAUCGCCGAGACCUUGACAUUAAGAUUAACUACCUACUCGAUACCCAAGAUGGCACCAGAUAUGCAGAGGGUAGUUGUGAGUACAAGAUGUGCUAAACGGGAGAUACCUGUACUUGUUUAUCACACUAUCUUCUGCGAUCUGGACUAGCUCACGCCUGUCCAGCGGAUAGAGCCCGUCUUGUAGAGAGCAAGCUGCAAAGCAGUAAUUACUUUGGUCUUGCAUUAUUGCAUGGCGACUGGGGCUGUGGGAGGCGUUUGGAGGCAAAAGUCAUUGCUCUUUGGCCUAGAGGGACAAGGGACAAGGGAUAAC